UACAGAGAUUGCUAUCAUUGUGUGCGUCUGUUCAUCCGUACCUUGAAUAUUUUAGAAAAAAUCGAAACUGGAUGUGUCAAUCUGGAGAAUGAACGUCCAACGAUCAGCACAGUUUGUCGUUCCCUGGACCCAGAGAAUGAGCUAAUCACAAUGUUCUCCACAAAUCCCACUCCCAAGAACUGCCGAUCCAGUCUAGAAGGAGUGUGGAAGUUUGCCUACCAGAAUAGAUACAAGUUCACAGGGGAAUGUAAACAUCCUGAAGCUAAUAUUACUGCUUGUCAAAUGCCUGGAACUCAGUUCUUCAUAGUGAACCAACAGUUUACUAUGAAUUAUCGCAAGUGUGAGGGAAUGGAUGAGUCUCAAGAUGCAGAGGUUCAGUACAAAUGCUUAGGGGAUUGGUACAUUGGAAAAAACCAUUUCUUUGCUGUUGUUAAUGCCAGGGAGUCUCGAAUUGAUGAGAAGUACAGAUGUUUUCUGGCUAAUAGAGAUGAUGAUGAGUUCUUAGCAGCUUCUAUCACAGCAGAAUGUAAUACACUGAAGACACCACAGGAUGGUCCAGAGAGACUAAGGCUAAAUCGAGUAAAAGCAGAAAUUGUGCCACCUAAGUGUAAGCUGCCAGAUAACUUCACUGGAACCUGGAUCAACACAGCCAAUUUUGAUGCUGAAGUCAACAUCAAUGUCACUCACAUGAUAGAAAUUUGGAAACCAGAUCAGGGAAGAGUGCAGAAAGAAGUUUAUGUGUGUCAGGAAAGAAGAGGUUCUCGUUUUGUGAUGGCCAGAAUGGGUAUCAAUGGCUGUCAGAAAGAUUUUGUGUGUUUUGACUUUGUGCCCCGUCAUCACAACAUCAUACGAUAUCGUAGAGGCAAAGCUAUGAUAACAAGUGAAUAUGCAACAGUAUGUUCCUGGACAAUAUUUCCCCACGAAGAAGACUGGCUUUACAGUAUAUUUAUUGCGAAGAAUCCGGUAUCUAUCAAGUGCCCUGUGGCUGGGAAGUUUAAAUUUGAACAGAAGGGGGAUAUAGAGUUUGAGACUCGCAUUCGAGGUGGUGUUACACAAAUUCCCAGACCAAACGUAUACUGCCGAGAAAAUAUAUCUGAUUUCUCAGUUUGUGACCCUGAUCAACGAAUUAUCACAAUUGAUGCCGAUUACUGUAUUUCCGUGGAUUACUUUGGCCGACCAGUAGACAUUUACAGUGAACCUGAUUACCAGAUGAAAUGUAUAGGAUUCUGGAAGGAAAACCUCCAGUCUUACCUGAUCACUUUUGAUGAGUGGGAUGCUUACAGUAGAUACAGAUGUUGGGUGAGUAAACCACAGUAUUUGAAUCGCAUCCUCAUGUCAUAUUCUGUGGGGGCUUUUUGCCACAUUAGACAGAGAGUAGGAAGUUCUACAUCAUAUGAAGGGGCUCAAGUGGCCCUAUCAAUGGUGGAGUAUGAGCGAGAACAUGACAACUGUCCAAUGUAUUUCGAUGAUGGUAGUGACCCGUACAGAGAAAUUGCAGAACAGGUGACGAUACUGCAUAGUGGUAUAUGGCAUCCUGCCUGGUCUCCUUUGAAUGUAACACUUCUAAUGAUUGUACUCCUUAUUAUGAAUCUCUGAAUAUAUUGUACCUCAAAGGAAAUGCUUAGAUAUAUUUUUUACCACCGUCAGAGUUACACAGUGAAUAUGAUGUGUAGCUUAUGGAGUUUAAAAAGCAGCAUGCAUAAGUUUAUAUAUACAUUAUUCCAUCCUUAAAGAAACUAGCCUUGUUUCAAGAGAUAUAAUUCACUCUAGCAUAGGAAGAUUCUUAAAAUCUAUUAUAAUUAAAAUGCAGAGUGGGUUCAUAAACUAUAUUUUUCAGGAUGUUUAAUUUGUGGGAUUUAGCUGUUGCUAUGCCUAGAAAGCACCUGUCUAUAUUUUAACAUAAUCUUGGGUUUAUUACUUGUUCUGAAUAUUUAUCAUCUGUAAUUAAAUCAGUUUUUAUAUAGCUUGGUUUACGGUGGAAUUAUUAAUGUGAAAUAAUAUUAAUAUUCAAACAUGGAAAAGUAUUGAAUUUUAUAAAUUUGUUUUAUGUAAGAAAAUGUCAUUAUAAUCUAGGAGUUUGAAUCUCGUUUAUAAUAGCUGCAAAGUGAUGUAAUCAAAGAAAGUAGUUAUGUUUUUAAUCUUCUGUUUUUAUAAACACUAUAAUAUAAUAGCUGCAAAGUGAUGUAAUCAAAGAAAGUAGUUAUGUUUUUAACCUUCUGUUUUUACAAACACUAUAAUAUAAUAGCUGCAGAGUAAUGUAAUCAAAGAAAGUAGUUAUGUUUUUAAUCUUCUGGUUUUAUAAACACUAUACUAUAAUAGCUGCAAAGUGAUGUAAUCAAAGAAAGUAGUUAUGUUUUUAAUCUUCUGUUUUUAUAAACACUAUACUAAUUUUUAUUAAUUUUACAUUCUUACAUGCUCACGUACUGAUGUGUAAUUUUGUAGAAAAUGUUCAUAUUUUGAUUAGUAGACGUGACCCAAAAAGGAUGUUUGUGUCAGCCAGUAAUAAACUUGUAGAAAUAAGUAACUCUGAAUGUAAAACAGUUAUAGUUAUUAGCUUUUUCUUCCUUAUGCAACACGUGAACUAGAUAAUUCCAUUUUAUGAAACUAAUAAACACUGUAUGUGAGUGUAAACAGUUAAAAAGACUUUGUACCAGUUGUUUCUGACCUACAUAUGUGUAUAUUAGGAAUUUAUGUGACUUGUCGGUUUAAAGCCUGAUGAAUGUCUAAAAACUUGUGUAAAAUAAUGUUUUUAGCAACAAAAUAGUAUAGUUUUUGUGAACAAAAGUAUGUUAUCGGUCUUUUCUUGAAAGUGUUUAUAAAAGAUAAGUAAUCUAUGGAUACAUAUUCUCCAUGUUCUGCAUUUUUGUAGCACAUUUCAUGUAUUUUAGUAAUAUUAAAAACGACAAAAUAGCAGAACAUUACUUAAAUAUAUAGCUAGAUCUACUUACUGUUGUAAAUUUGAGAUCCAAAAUGACAAUAAGGACUUACCCUCUGAAGCCUUUUCUCAUUAUUAACCAGCCAGAUUGAUAUCACUUAUCAAAUUAAGUGAAUCUAGUAUUAUUAGAAACCAGUUCUUAUCAUAUUGAUGGAUAAAAUAGUUGUAAGAAUCUCCUAAGCUAAGAAUGUUUAUGAUAUUAUAUAUAUGAAACCCAUUCUUAUUUUUCUUAAUAUUAAACUGUUUUUGUUUCGUUUUUCUGUUCACUUGGUGUAUUAUUUUCAUGUGUAUGUUUCAUGAUGCUACUGUAGUAAUGUUUGAGAUGACUUAAGUGCAUAAUAAAAUUACAUAUUAUUAUUUUUAA